AUGGCGUCCGCCGACCCUUUCGAUUCGGCGCUCGACCUCCUCCGCCGCCUCAACCCCAAACACACGACCACGCACCUCAACUCGCUCAUCAGCCUCGCGCCCGACCUGACCGAGGACCUGCUCUCGUCGGUGGACCAGCCGCUCGCCGUGCGCCGCUGCCGCCAGACGGGCCGCGAAUACCUGCUGUGCGACUACAACCGCGACGGCGACAGCUACCGGUCGCCGUGGAGCAACGAGUUCGACCCGCCCGUCGAUGGCGGCGCCAGCAGCGCCGCGGCGGUCCCCAGCGACAAGGUCCGCCGCAUGGAGGUCCGCGCCAACGAAGCCUUCGACGUCUACCGCGAGCUGUACUAUGAGGGCGGCGUCAGCAGCGUCUACUUUUGGAACCUGGACGAUGGCUUUGCUGGCGUCGUGCUGUUGAAGAAGGUGGCAACGCCGGGCAGCAGCAGCGAGGGAACAUGGGACUCGAUUCAUGUCUUUGAAGCUAUAGACCGAGCACGCUUCACGCAGUACAACCUGACGUCAACCGUCAUCCUAUCACUGUCCACAAACUCGAAUAACCUAGGCGACAUGGACCUCUCGGGCAACAUGACGCGCCAGAUCGAGAUCGAGCUGGCGGCCGAAAGCGACGAGCAGCAGAUCGCCAACAUCGGCAAGCUUGUCGAGGACAUGGAGCUGAAGAUGCGGAAUCUGCUGCAGGAGGUCUAUUUCGGCAAGGCCAAGGACGUGGUGGGCGACCUGCGCAGCGUGGGCAGCCUUAGCGAGUCUGCCAGGGAUAGGCAGGCGCAGAAGGACAUCAUUGGCAGCAUGGGACGAUGA